AUGCACAGAAGCGACGGGGCAACUUGGCACCAAAAUGCGGCAAUUCGAGCGCUUCAAGGGGCUAUUCAAGCACCGGGGGAGGCUUGCGUUAUGAGAAUGAUGGCUGCAAGUAUGCUGUUGAGUACUUUUGAAUCCAUGAACUUUGACUCGUCGGAUCUGAGCUGGUCCAUAUUCUUCUGCGGAACCAAACGAAUCGCCGGCUUAGUGACGCAACAGCACGAGAGCUAUGUUGGCGACGAGUCGCUGAUCAUGGACUGGAUCUUCUAUCACGAUGUCAUGUACAAAUUUAGCAUCAAGCAUUGGAAAACCAAGAAUGAGGAUCAAAUUCAAUUGGCGGCGCAGGAGAAGAUUAUUUCCAAGGCAAUCUUUUCGGCUGAAAGACAGACUGUGGUGCCCAUCGCAGGCUGUUCGUUGGAACUUCUCGAUCUACUGUGUCAGGUCAUUGAUGCCGUUCACGAGCGAAAUAGCCCUGAACAUCGAUCUAAACCACAUCUCAAAGUGCUUCGGUCCCUCGAAAUCCGACUACAUGAUCUGUCGCAGCGCCAGUCAGGUGUAUCGUCAUCAGAUUCAACGGAAAAUGAUAACGCCAUCCACUCCGAGCAAGUUGCGGAGCUUUACCGACUCGCAGCGCUAAUUUAUCUGUUUCUGAUUGCCAAAGGCGAAUCUACCAGUUACCCAGGUGCAAUCACGGCCAUUACAAAAGCAUUUGAGCUUCUUUCCGCGGUGGAGCAUUGCGAACGCCCAUGGCCAUUGUUCAUCAUUGGGCUGGCAGCAAAUACGGAGGACCAACGGCUUAGUGUUCUGCGGGUGAUUGAACAGUCUCUGGCGCUGCAACCUCUCGGUGCAAUGGCUUUAGCGGAUAGGAUGAUACGAGAUGCGUGGGUGCAGCAGGAUCUUGAUGACGGAGGAUUGGACAUGUUGAAGUUGUAUGGGCAAGUCAUUAGUCGAAAUCGCGUCCCUCCUUGCUUCACAUGA